AUGGCAGCCCAGCUCAGCAGGGGCCAGAAGCCUUUCCACAUCGUAUCACCCGUCCUGGAGAGCCUGCCCCUGUCCAGGGCUGCAGGUACCAAGGUUUACAUGAAGCUGGAGAACGUUCAGCCUACUGGUUCCUUCAAGAUCCGGGGCAUCGGUCACCUCUGCCAGGAAGCUGCCAAGAAGGGCUGCAGCCACUUUGUUAGCUCCUCAGGGGGCAACGCGGGGCUGGCCGCAGCAUAUGCAGCCCAGAAGCUGGGGGUGCCGAUCACCGUCGUGGUCCCCAGCAGCACCGGCCCCGGCACUGUGCGUAGGCUGCAGGAGAUGGGGGCAGAGGUGGAGAUCUCCGGCCAGGUAUGGGAUGAUGCCAACAGGAGAGCCCUGGAACUGGCGGAGACCAAAGGCUGGGUCAGCAUCCACCCCUUUGACCAUCCCUUGGUGUGGCAGGGACACUCCAGCCUGGUCCAGGAGCUGAAGGACUCCCUGGAGAC